CGAAGCUGUUCUCUCACAGCUGGACGAUGGGCGCCUUCAUCUGCAAGCUGCUGCAUUACCUGCAGAGCGUGUCCGCCAUCUGCUCCGUGCUCACGCUCACCGCCAUGAGCAUCGAGAGGUACUACGCCAUCGUGCACCCGAUGCGAGCAAAGUACACGUGUACCAUCCGUCAGGCUCGGAGGGUGAUCCUCAUCAUUUGGACGGCUUCUCUGCUGCUAGCUGUGCCCAUCAUCUUCGUACAGGGUCACAAGGAGGUGGGAACGCACGUCCGUGCGUACUGGUGCAUCCGCGAUUGGGAGAUCCCGCUGUGGUGGCGGCUGCACGAGGUGUACAUGCUGCUGCUCAUCCUCGUCAUCCCCACCUGCAUCAUGACGGCCACCUACAGCGCCGUCUGCUGGGAGGUGUGGCGCGUCACCAAGACGCGCCACGGCAUGACCGCCGGCUCGUUAAAAUCUUCUGGUUCGUGCCGGCACAGCGAAAGUUUCAUCCUGCGGUCCAGCAAGAAAGGAGGAACAGUUCACACGUGUUUGAAGAAGACUCCGUCCAGCAGGUCUGAAGACGACACCGCUGCUGUCAAGCAGCUAAUCAAGAUGCUGGUGGCAAUUGUCAUUCUCUUUGUCGUCUCCUGGGGGCCAUCACUAAUUGACAAUGUGCUGACAGCUUAUGGUGUUAUACCUUGGCAGAAACAUGGAAUGGUGUACAAAGACAUGAGCACAGCCUUCUUGCUCAUGGCUUACUGCAACAGCUGUAUCAACCCUGUGGUGUAUGGCUUUAUGUCAAAAAAUUUCCGAGAGAGCUUCAAAAAGGCCUUGUGCCGGUGGCAUAACUAUGGUGCACUGACACUUCAAGGAUCCUCCUACAAGAACAAGAGGCACAUGUCACUCUCGCAGACACGGACCACUUCUGUCCGCUUUGGACGCAGUACCUCUGUAAGCGCAAAUCAAAGGUGACAUUGGAACCAAGAGCAAGAAGAAGAACUUUAAAGAGUUACAAACUGUACGGAGUCUAUCAUGUCUACAAAGUAGAACAUUUGGUAACAUGCAGAGACUUGCAUUGACAUCGUGAUGAAGUGCUAAAAAUACUAAGUAUUUCAGUUCGUGAAUACAGUCUGAAGAAUUUCUAGAUGUUAAAGUGAUUAUAUAGUAAGUCAUACCUGAUAAAAGAAUAAUGGGAUAAAAACUGUUACUCUGAAGGAUUUCAGUAUACUUCUCUGAAUAAAUAAUCAAACAAGAAGGGACUGGCUGUAAUUCUGCCACUGCUCUAUGAUUAGUACUAAACUAUUUUAAAGAAAGUACAAGACUUUUUCCAUUUACUGUGUUCUUGCUGUGUGUGACUGUAUGAAAUAAAAGGAGUGUUGGCUUUUUUCUGGAAGGAACAAUAUAGUAUGUUUUGGCUAAAUGAGAAUCUGUGUUGGUGUAUGAAAACAUUUUGCUGUUAGUAAAUUAAAAGUAUAUUGACAUUUGUUCAGACUUUUAUGAUGUGUGUUAAUGGAGUGCUAUCUGUUCCUGAUAGAACAAACUAUGUACCAGUAUCAAAUAGUAUUAGAUAAAUGAAACUGUAAAUGUUGUCUACU